CCGCCCCGCCGGGCUUCGCCGAGCUCUCGCCGCGCGCGCCGGCCUGGCUUCCGACUCGCCUGCCCCCGGCCCGGCUGCCUCGCGCUCUCCGCCGGGCCCCGCCGCCAUGGGCCCCGCGCGCUGGCUGGCGCUCGGCGGCCUCUUCGCCCUGGCCGGGCUGCCGGAAGGCCGCCUGGUGCGCGAGCAGGAAGCCGGCUUCGGCGAGUGUGACCGGUUCUUCUACGCCGAGCGUCCGCCCGCGGGGCUGGCGGCCGGAGCCCACGUGAAGAUCUGCCAGCGCUCCGAGGGCGCCGAGCGCUUCGCCACCCUGUACAGCACCCGGGACCGCAUCCCCGUGUACUCGGCGCUCCGCGGCGUGCGCCCCGCGGCCGAAGGCGCCGCGCCCCGCUGGCUGCUGGAGCCCCAGAUUGAUGACCCCAAUAGCCACCUUGAGGAGGUGACUGAGGAGGCUGAUGCCAUCGCCUCUGUGAACAAUCUGGGAAGCAAGCAAGCCUUGAAUACAGAUUACCUGGAUUCUGGCUACCAAAGAGGACAGCUAUACCCAUUCUCCCUUAGCAGUGAUCUCCAAAUGGCCACAUUCACUCUCACAAAUGCAGCUCCCAUGACCCCGACCUUCCGAGAACGGUGGUACAUGAAUCUCAACAGCCUGAUGGAGCGGGCCCUGAGCCCGCAGUGUGGCAGCGGGGAAGACCUAUAUAUCAUCACAGGCGCUGUGCCCUCAGACCGCAAAGUUAAAGACAAAGUGGCCAUCCCUGAGUUUGUCUGGCUGGCAGCCUGCUGUGCUGUCCCUGGAGGAGGCUGGGCCAUGGGUUUUGUGAAGCAUACCCAGGAUGGUGACAUCAUAGAAGAUGUGAUGGUGAAAGAACUUGAGAAACUGCUUCCAUUCAACCCUCAGCUGUUCCUGAACAACUGUGGUGAAACUGAGCAAGACACAGAGAAAAUGAAAAAAAUCUUGGAAAUGGUGAACCAAGUCCAGGAUGAAGAGCGAAUGGUGCAGUCUGUGGAGGGCUCCAGCCCCCUCUCCAGCACGAGGAGCGAGGGACUGGCUCUGCCGCCCGCAGAGGCACCUGCGGAUGGAAGCAGCUUUUGGGGGAAGCUCAUGGGCUUCAUUGCCACCCCAUUCAUCAAGCUUUUCCAGCUCGUUUAUUACCUUGCAGUAGGAAUCCUGAAGAACGCUGUGUGUUUCCUGUGGUAUAUCACCAAACAGGUGAUCAAAGGCAUAAAAAGUUGCCUUUAUCACCUCGGUUCAGCCACCAUCUCAUACUUCAUGGCCAUCGGGGAAGAGCUGGUGAGCAUUCCCUGGAAGGUGCUCAGAGUCACGGCCAAAGUCAUAAGGGCCAUUCUCCGGAUCCUUUGCUGUCUGAUGAAGGCCAUUUGCCGCAUUCUGGGUGUCCCGGUCCGAGUCCUUGUGGAUGUGGCCGCUUUUCCCAUGUAUACAGUGGGCGCAAUUCCGACUGUGUGCAAGGACAUCGCCGUGGGUCUCGGUGGCACCCUCUGUCUGCUCUUUGACACAGCUUUUGGCACCAUGGGUGGCCUACUUCAGGUGGUUUUUAGCAUCUGCAAGAGUAUUGGAUACAAGGUCACUUUUGACAAUUCUGGAGAGUUAUAAAACUCAAAAGACUAAUAGUACCCAGUUGCAGUGAAUAUGAUUUUUUUUUUAAAUAGAGGAAGCUGGAAUAUUUUGUCUUUACAGUGGGUUUUUGUUCCCUGUCAAUUAUCAUCACAUUUUGGCCUUGGUUAGGGGGUGUCUGCAUGUUUAUGCCUAAGAAGAUGGUACAAUUUAGACGUGACCCAAGUGAAGUGUUCCUGGUGGGAUUCUGUGUAGGUCAUCUGCUAAAAUAUGAGCAAACUUCCAAGCUAUUAGAAUCUUUAGUUAUUCACUCUGUUACAGAUUAAUUUGUGGUAAUUAAAAAUUACAGAGGAAAGAAGAAUUAGAAUGAGGUCAACUUUAAGCAAAAUGUUUCUGGGAAAAGGAGAAAAGAAUCUUGUUUCUCCUAUUACUCUACAGACUUAGGGCAAAACUGAUAUAAAUAUUCUUAGCCCAUUGGUUAUCAUUUGUUUUCUUUCUCUCCAACUCAUCUGGCCUUUGUGAAGUGGUGACAUGCUUCCCUGUUGAAAUAACUUAGAGAUGUAGAAUCUGUUAUACCCCUUAGCUUUCCACAGCUCCCAAGGACCUGUCUUGGGUUAAUAUUUUCCUCCAAAGUUGAAUUUUGCUGCAUUUGUCUUUUAGGUAAUGAUAAGCAUUUUACAUCAAAUGUGGCAUAACCUAGUUUGAAUGCAAGGACAAAAACUCUUUAUCCCUUGAACAAUGUAGUAUAGUCUUCUCUGGUAUAAUGAAGAGAGUACAGGGUUUACAGCCCUGCUGUGAGUAGGUGCUAUAGGUCUGAGGACAUCCUUAGCAAGCUUGGAUUAACUCGAUGUACAUCAAAUCUCUGGCUGACAAGAUUGAGCUCAGAGACCUACAUUUUAGGCUAAUAUGAAAAUUGAUAUUCUGCAAUAUAUUUGGUGUUUCCUAUGCAUCCAGUAAAUACCUAAUACAGUAAGACACUCUGACUUCUGUCCUUAAUGAUUGUUUUUGUAUAAUAGAUUUUUUGGGAUUGUUGAGUAUAAAUGUAUAGAAAACUAAAGAAAAACUAAGCAUCUCAGAAAAAAAUAUAUCCAUGUCCACUUAUAUCCCAGUUUAUGUGAGUAUAAACUUGGUAAGAAUCAUUCUUUCCUAGGAAAUUAUUUUUAGUGUGUUUGAGUCUAGAAAACAUAACCCUCCCAUUAAUGCAAGCUUGAUUUGAAAGCUAGUCCCCAAUUUUUAGAUCAAGCAUUUGUCAUUUUAAAUCUAGAAUACAUAACCCUCCCAUUAAUGCAAGCUUGAUUUGAGAGCUAAUCCCUAAUUUUUUGAUCAAGCAUUUGUCAUUUUAAAUCUUGUGCUGAGAAAGAAAACAGAAUCUCCCAAACUUUGCUCUGCCAUUCACAGGCUAGAUGGAAUCACCUUGGCUUUUCAGAGGGUUCCAAAGAAUUGCUGUGAGGCAGAAAGGGGCCAAGUGUGAAAUACUGAUCUGGGGGUUGCAGGCCACCAAUUUUAUCUGACUGUUAGAUGCAAAAACUUGGGAUCCAGAAAGGCAGUAAGGAGAAAGUGAUGGGUCACUAUUUGCAUCAGGUUGGUUUAAAUCAAGAAAUGUAAGUGUAGCAAGAGAUACAUUUUGCAGAAAAAUAAUUGAAUUGCACCAGAGUAGAAGAGUAGCCACGCUGAUCAAUUGGUGGUGCAGUGUUGGGGUCUGUGAAUACUGGACUGGCACAUGAUAGAGAGAUAUGCACUAGACUUAUCUAAGAAUCUUAAGCAGUGUUUUACCAACACUUCUGUUUGUGAGCAUAUAAAUCUGUAGCUGGGCUUCCCUUCAUUGUAGCAGCAGGAACGCACGUGGAAGGGUGAGUUUGCCUUAGUGCUGAUGGGUCAAGAAUCCUGCUGGACGAAAAAGACAUCUUAGAUGUGACCAGGGAGGUGUUCUGUCCAAAGCCCCACGUGAUGGGGGACCUGAGGCACAGGGAGGUGGCAGGCUUGCCUUCAGUCUCCUUGCUAGCUGAUGGGAGAUUUGCAUGUGUCCUGUUAUACCUGGGAUGCCAGAGACGUGGUGUGUGUCACUGUUCACCUGCUCCCGUAGCAGGGUCUUCUCCUUCACCCGUCAGACAGACUCUAGUCCCUGACUCGCCAACUGGAUUCGUCCCAUGUGAUGAAACAAUUAGCCCUCCAUGCACUGCGCCAUGCUUACUGCCUCCCCUGGAAUCUGUGUUCCCUCAUUAUAAUGGAUGUGGAUACUGAAAGGCCCAAAGAGGUGGUGGCUGGAGCCCGUUGGCAACAUGCAAGGAGCAGGGCAUCCAAACUGCUUCUUGAGAGCCAUUUGGAAAUGUCUUCUUUUUUUUUACUCUUAGUUAUUUAGUGUCUUAUUUAUUCUUAUGUGCUCUUUUUUGAAAUUGGGGAAGGGAUUUAAAGCACAAGUAUCCUUCAGGUGAGGUGGCUGAGACCCUCCGCUCUGGACCACUGGGGUUGGCUGUGCCUCCAGUUCACCGGCGCCAGCAGGUGGCUGCACUGCCUCUCUGGGCUCAUGAACCCCACCUCUGGUUUGAAGAUUUGUCUGUGGCUCUGUUGUGCUCUCUGGCUCUUGGGGAGAUUGCCAACUCGUCAGUAGUAAGGAGCUGAUAUUCUAGUCUGGGGAUCAGCCACAUGUUUGCACACUCCUUUUUUCCAUUGUGCCUUUUGAAUGGCUUCUUACUCAGCAUCCUCACUCCCACCUAAAUGCAGACUAGGGAGUUAGGAGAAGGAGCCAGAGCUCAAGCAAUCAUUCACUCAGUCAUUCAUCUGUCAAAUGUCUAUUUGAACAUCAAGUUUCCAGAGAUCAGCAAUACAUGGAUCCCAUCUUUGAGUGCAAAAAUCUAGUGGGGAGAACACACAGUGCAAUUGGUACAUGUGACAUCAUGGUAAAUGUUACCAUGAAGGUACUAGAAGCAUGCUCCCUAGAGCACAGGAGGAAGCACCACAGAACCAUGGAAAUUAGAGAAGCCUACAGAGGAUGUGGCAAAUGUCAGUUUGACAUUUUCAAGCUAUGUACAAUGCUGUGCAUCUUGCAAUGCUCAAUAAAGUAAUUAUUGACAACUCA